AUGAAGAUUCUAAGUUCAAACGAUUCUGAAGAUUGGCUGCUAAUCAGAAUGAAGGAGAUGAUGAAGCAGAAGAUGAUGAAUAGGUUUCACAAGCACAAUUCCUCUUCAGCAUCGUAUGUUGAUUUUAAAUCAGGCGAAAAACUCGAUUUCAAGUUCUCUACCCUUCAAGCUCUUCAGGAUAUGUUUAUGAUGAGGCGGCUGAAUGAUCAUGACCGUGAUGGUGUUGUUGUUGGCGGGUUCAACUAUCAAGAUGGUAGUGGUGGUAUUGUUUACGUCAUAUGCAACAACUAUCUUGAAGAAAACACGAAAAAUGGGGACAUAUGCAUACAAGGAAAAGAGAAAGAUGGAAGAUAG